UAAAGCAAGAAUUCUUCUAUAACAAUACUAAACAUUAACAUCCUCUCCUUCAGACACUUUUUGUAAGAAAAUGGCGGAGAAGAGCAGGGUUCUUGUGAUCGGAGGAACUGGUUACAUCGGAAAAUUCAUCGUCCAAGGAAGCGCAAAGUCCGGCCAUCCCACCUUCGCCCUCGUCAGAGAGGCCUCUCUCUCGGAUCCCGCCAAGGCCAAGCUCGUCCAGAGCUUCAAAGAUCUCGGUGUCACCAUCCUAUACGGAGACAUAAACGACAAAGAUAGCUUGGUGAAAGCGAUAAAGCAGGUCGACGUGGUGAUCUCGACCGUGGGUGGUGCCCAAAUACUAGAUCAGUUGAAGAUCAUUGCCGCCAUCAAGGAAGCCGGUAACGUCAAGAGAUUCUUGCCGUCCGAGUUUGGGAAUGACGUGGACCGUACCCGAGCGGUUGAACCUCUGAGAUCGGAGUUCGAGAUGAAGGUUCAGAUCCGUCGUGCCAUAGAAGCCGAAGGGAUCCCUCACACGUAUGUCGUCAACAACUGCUUUGCCGGGUAUUUCCUGGCGAAUUUGGCGCAAUGCGACUUCGCGAUCAGGUCUCCACCGAGGGACAAAGUCACCAUUUACGCAGAUGGAAACGCCAAAGGCGUCAUCAACUUCGAGGAGGACACUGCGGCAUACACCAUGAGAGCCAUCGAUGAUCCGAGGACCUUGAACAAGAUCGUAUACAUCAGCCCUCCCAGCAACGUCGUCUCCCACAACGACAUCGUCUCACUUUGGGAGAAAAAGAUCGGCAAAACCAUCGACAGGACCCACAUCUCCGAGGAACAACUUCUCAAGAACAUCCAAGAGUCUCCAAUUCCGAUCAACAUAAUGUUGGCAUGCAACCACGCGAUAUUCGUGAAGGCUGACCAGACUUGGUUUGACAUCGACCCUUCGAUUGGAUUAGAGGCUUCCAAGCUCUACCCCGACGUCAAAUACACCACCGUCGACGACUACCUUAACAAGUUCCUUUGAGCAACUAUACACGUUGAGAAUAAGUGCUGCUUGGUGAUAUGCACACCCAAGAGACGAUGUCGUUUAUGUUUCCCUUUUUUUUUCCCUCGUUACGUUUGGGGGAUGAUGUUUGUGUUUGUCGUAUUAUGUAAUAAGCCAUCUAGGCCUUUUGUUUUCAGCCCAAAUAAUAUUAUCAUCAUCUAAUUUGCUGUUA